GGAGAGUGAGCGGCGCCGGGGCCACCCCGCCAGCCCGCCGUUUCCCGGCUGCCGUCCGGGCGCGCGCAGCGAGGGGGAGCGACUAUGCCAAGAUGGUCCUGCAGGCGCGGAACAAGCACCGGGAGGCGGCCCCGAAGCCGCCCCAGCCGCCCCGUGCCUCGCAGUCGCCGCUGAGGGGAGCGCCGGACGUGGGCGCCGGGGAGCCCGGGCCCGAGCGCGCGUCCCCGUCCUCGGGGCGCAAGGGCGCGGGGGGCAAGAAGGGGCCCCGCUCGGAGUCAGGCGCGCCGCCCGCAGGGGGCGGCCUCGGGGGGCGGCUGGCCGCGGGGCUGCGCGGGGCGCUGGGCCUGCGGCGCGCGGGGCGCGGCCGGACCUGGACCACGCUCCUGCUAGCUGCCUUUGCAGCAGUGUUGCACUGGAGUCAUAUAACACACCUCUUUGAAAAUGAUCGUCAUUUCUCUCACCUCUCAACAUUGGAAAGAGAGAUGGCUUUUCGCACGGAAAUGGGGCUCUAUUAUUCUUAUUUCAAGACUAUUGUGGAAGCACCCUCAUUUUUUAAUGGAGUGUGGAUGAUUAUGAAUGAUAAGCUGACUGAAUAUCCUCUUGUUAUUAACACAUUAAAAAGGUUCAAUCUCUACCCUGAGGUAAUUUUAGCCAGCUGGUACCGGAUUUAUACUAAAAUAAUGGACUUGAUUGGCAUUCAAACCAAGAUAUGUUGGACGGUUACCAGAGGUGAAGGACUCAGUCCUAUUGAAAGCUGUGAAGGAUUGGGAGAUCCCGCUUGCUUUUAUGUUGCUGUAAUUUUUAUUUUAAAUGGACUAAUGAUGGCAUUAUUCUUCAUAUAUGGCACAUAUUUAAGUGGCAGCCGAUUAGGAGGCCUGGUGACAGUGUUGUGUUUCUUUUUCAAUCACGGAGAGUGUACCCGUGUGAUGUGGACCCCACCUCUCCGAGAAAGCUUCUCGUACCCCUUUCUUGUACUUCAGAUGUUGCUUGUGACUCAUAUUCUCAGGGCUACAAAACUUUAUAGGGGAAGCUUGAUUGCACUCUGCAUUUCCAAUGUAUUUUUCAUGCUUCCCUGGCAGUUUGCUCAAUUUGUACUUCUUACUCAGAUUGCAUCAUUAUUUGCGGUAUAUGUUGUGGGAUAUAUUGAUAUAUGCAAAUUACAGAAGAUCAUUUAUAUACACAUGAUUUCUCUUGCUCUCUGUUUUGUUUUGAUGUUUGGAAACUCAAUGUUAUUAACUUCUUAUUAUGCUUCCUCUCUGGUCAUUAUUUGGAGCAUACUGGCAAUGAAACCACAUCUCCUGAAAAUAAAUGUUUCUGAACUUAGUUUAUGGGUUAUACAAGGAUGUUUUUGGUUAUUUGGAACUGUCACACUCAAGUAUUUGACAUCUAAAAUCUUUGGCAUUGCAGAUGAUGCUCAUAUUGGCAACUUAUUAACAUCAAAAUUCUUCAGUUAUAAGGAUUUUGAUACUUUAUUGUAUACCUGUGCAGCAGAGUUUGACUUUAUGGAAAAGGAGACUCCACUGCGGUAUACGAAGACAUUGUUGCUCCCAGUUGUUCUGGUCGUUUUUGUUGCAAUCGUUAGAAAGAUUGUUAGUGACAUGUGGGGUGUCUUAGCUAAACAACAGACACAUAUCAGAAAACACCAGUUUGAUCAUGGAGAGCUGGUCUACCAUGCAUUGCAGCUGCUAGCAUAUACGGCCCUUGGCAUUUUAAUUAUGAGACUGAAACUCUUCUUGACACCACACAUGUGUGUUAUGGCUUGCUUAAUCUGCUCAAGACAGCUAUUUGGAUGGCUCUUUUGCAAAGUACAUCCUGGUGCAGUUGUUUUUGCUGUUUUAGCAGCCAUGUCAAUACAAGGUUCAGCAAAUCUACAAACCCAGUGGAAUAUUGUAGGGGAGUUCAGCAAUUUGCCACAAGAAGAACUUAUAGAAUGGAUCAAAUAUAGUACUAAACCAGAUGCAGUGUUUGCGGGCGCCAUGCCCACAAUGGCAAGUGUGAAACUCUCCGCACUUCGACCCAUCGUGAAUCAUCCACAUUAUGAAGAUGCAGGUUUGAGAGCCCGAACAAAAAUAGUAUACUCAAUGUAUAGUCGAAAAGCAGCUGAAGAAGUGAAGCGAGAAUUAAUAAAGUUGCAAGUGAAUUAUUACAUUCUAGAAGAGUCAUGGUGUAUAAGAAGAUCCAAGCCUGGUUGCAGUAUGCCUGAAAUUUGGGAUGUAGAAGAUCCUGCUAAUGCUGGGAAGCCUCCCUUAUGUAACCUCUUGGUGAAGGAAUCCAAGCCUCAUUUCACCACUGUAUUCCAGAACAGUGUUUACAAAGUCUUAGAAGUUAUAGAAGAAUGACUGCUGCCUGUGAAGAACAACAUCAGCAAAUUAACCUCCUUGUGGAUUGUCCUUGAGACCUGAGACCUCAGGGAUGAUUUCCGGUGCCCACUCCUGGGAGCCACUGAAGAGCUGUUCUCUUCCUGCCUUCUCACCAGAGCCCAAGGACAAGCCUGGUCUGGGGGAAGCACUAGCUUGCUUACAGCAGAAGCUGCAAAGACAGCAUUGCCCGGGGAGUGCGCAGUGCUUCUCUGCUCAGAACCCGCGUCUCUCUGGAGCCUCCUUUCCAGGGUCACCCUGAGGUUCUGUGUGUGUCUUCCGGUUCCCAUCUGCCUUCUUGCUUGCCUGCCCCCUUUUUUUUUGCCAGUUUCAGAAAAUCCAAAGUAGCUGGAGAAUGUGGGUUAUAGUAGAAUCCGGAACAACCGGGUGAGGCCACUUAUGAAGGCUAAGUAAGGGUUGCAGUGGGUGAGGGGACGUGUGCUCUGUUCUGUCUGUGGUUUUUUUUCUCACCCAACUGUGACUGAUUUGUACAUCCAGAAGUUACUUUUAAAAAAAAAUAAAAAUCAUACUUUUAGGAUUAUCCUCUAUUCUGUCUACCCUUCAAUAAUUGCUCUCCUGAUAAGGUCACAUGUAAUGAUUGGAAAUUCUGUACGGGAAGAACAGUAAAAUACUGUUAGAAUUGUUUCAUAUUUCAGGAAAAGUUGAAAGUCAAAAUUUUUUUCCCCAGAAGAAGCUUUUUGUAACUGUAUUUAUUAAUGUAACUCCACCAGCAAGCUAUGAUUAUGUUGUAGGUCCGUCCGUUUAGAAAGGAGGCCUUGGGCUAUACUACACACUCAGCCUUGGUCACAUCUGGUAGCAGCUGGUGCUGUAGAUUAUAAAUAUCUUUUAUGGCAACAUAGAGUAGUAGUGGGUUUGUUAUACAUGACACAGCAGUAUUAAAACUAAGUAUUUUAUGCAUUUAAAAAUAUUUUUGCUUUAGUGUGAGGAGGUGAGGACGGUCAAGGAGAUGAUGAAAAUAGCUAUUGCUAUGACAGAAAAAACAAAUUUGGGGCAGUAUUUCUAUAACAAGGUAAGCCUCUAAAAAGGCUUGGCAGAGAAAGUGUAGUGUUAAAAUAGGGCAAUAAUACUUAGGAAAAUGGAAGGAUGUAUCAGGAACAAAGUAAUAUUGCAUAGGAGUAUUGUAUUUUUAUGAAUUUUAUGCCAGUUGUUUACAUGUACUAUGUAUGUUAAAUAAAAAAGAUAAUGAAAAUACAGGAUGUGCAUUUUUGUUGUUUUUAUUCUCACUGUGAUUAUUAACAGGGCUGGCUUCAUUCUAUAGUCAGAUAACCAUGAACUGGUUUGUGGGCGAUUGCAUCCCUGGAUAAUGGGAACAAUUACAAUGGUAGGGUCCAGGAAGCUAUUUGGUCCUCUGCCAUUGGUGAUGGUAUAGGUAUUGGGGUUACCCAUAGUUGUCUUACAUUUGUGGCAUUACCACUUACGCUAUGUAGGGUAAGUAAGUGAUAUCAGGCUUUUCUGCCCUCCCGCCAUUAGGCUAGAUGAUGGAUCCUUGUGGUCCUGAAUGCAUGCCUGAUGGCGGACACCUGGAGUAGGGUGUGGGAAUAUGUAGAUGGGAUUCACCUGGGCUCAUACUGCACUUAUAAGGGCGGUGUCAUGGGGAUACCAGAGGAACCAUGAGCAGAGAGCAGAACCACGAGAAGAGCAAACAGAAGAGCAGAGAAGGAGAACCAUGAGAGAAACAAAGAGAACGUCAGAGAACGCCGGAGAGCCCAGAAAAUGUGAAGACUUGCUGGGGGCUCCAGGACUCUCUUCUCCUUUACCCCGUCUGCUCAAAUCAUAGAGAUCCUGCUCCGUGUCCCAUCCUGCCCCCUACAUGCUACUUCGUCAUUUACAUCACGAAGCACAUUCACUAAAGCCAUAAUUUGGAGAUAAUUCUGGAGUUGCUGAAGUAUUUUUCUCGUUAAACCACUGUAGGGUAAAGAAAAUGUCAGGCUUUUCUGCCCUUCCGCCAUCAGGAUAGAUAAUGGAUCCUUGUCCUGAAUGCAUGCCUGAUGGCGGGCACCUGGAAUAGGGUGUGGGCAUAGGUAGAUGGGAUUCAGCUGAGUUAAGACUGUGCUUUUAAGGGCAGCGUCACGGGGGGACGCUAACAGCCCCAGCAGCAGCAGCAGAACCUGAAGGAGAAGCUGAAGCAGAAGCAGAGAACGCCAGAGAGCCCAGAUAGAGUAAA